AUGCAGCACUACAACCACACUAAGAUUGUGAUCCGGGUGUUGGGAGCUGGGCAGACGGUGGGUCGAUCUUGUGUGAUCGUGGAGUUAGAGAACCGGCGAGUGAUGUUCGACUGCGGUUCACACCUUGGGUACAAAGACGAAAGGAAGUAUCCCAAUUUCAACAUACUGGUAAACAAUGACACGUAUGCAGUGGAGAAAGAAAAGGGGAUGGGAGAAGGGAAUGUGUAUGAACAUCACCUGAACACAGAAGUGAAUAUAAGUAUAGUAAACAGUAGCAUAUCUGAAAAGGAAAAGUUAAUAAAAAAUUUAAGUAGAAUAAAUGAAAUAAUUGAUUGUGUCAUUAUAAGUCAUUUUCAUAUGGAUCACAUAGGAGCAUUGCCCUUCUUUACAGAGAUAUUAAAAUAUAGGGGCACCAUAAUUAUGAGUUACCCAACCAAGGCUCUGAGUCCAAUAUUGUUGCUGGACGGAUGUCGAGUAGCAGAUUUAAAAUGGGAAAAAAAACACUUCGAGAGACAAAUCAAACUGUUAAAUGAAAAAUCAGAUGAACUUUUAAAUUAUAACAUUAGUAGUUUAAAAAAGGAUCCAUGGAAUAUCAGUGAAGAGCAUAUAUAUUCUUGUAUAGGUAAAGUGGUAGGGUUACAAAUAAAUGAGACAUUUGAAAUGGGCAAUAUGUCUAUCACUCCAUACUACGCAGGACAUGUGUUAGGUGCUUGUAUAUUCAAAAUAGAGGUAAACAAUUUUAGCGUCAUCUAUACAGGUGAUUAUAAUACUGUACCAGAUAAGCAUCUUGGAAGUACUAAAAUUCCUUCUCUGAAUCCAGAGAUUUUCAUUUCUGAAUCUACCUAUGCUACCUAUGUUAGGCCAACGAGAAAGGCAUCUGAAUUGGAUCUGUGCAACUUAGUACACGAAUGUGUACACAAAGGAGGGAAGGUACUCAUCCCUGUGUUUGCCAUAGGAAGAGCACAAGAAUUGUCAAUACUGUUAGACUCUUAUUGGAGAAAAAUGAGAAUCAAUUAUCCCAUUUAUUUUGGAUGUGGGUUGACAGAAAAUGCUAAUAAGUAUUAUCGAAUUUAUUCUUCUUGGGUAAAUAGUAGUUGUGUUUCUACAGAUCAAAAGAACCUGUUCGAUUUUGCGAAUAUUUCUCCAUUUGUAAAUAGCUACUUGGGUGAGAAUAGGCCCAUGGUUUUGUUUGCAACUCCAGGGAUGCUACAUACUGGAUUAUCUCUAAAAGCUUUUAAAGCAUGGGCAGGGUCAAGUAAAAAUUUAAUUGUCCUUCCAGGGUACUGUGUUCAAGGUACUGUAGGGCACAAGUUAAUUAUGGGAGAAAGGAAAAUAUCGUUUGAUGGAAGCUCUUAUUUUAAUGUUGCUUGUAAAAUCAUUUACCUUUCCUUUUCUGCGCACGCUGAUUCUAAUGGUAUUCAACAACUCAUAAGACAUGUGCUCCCACAAAAUGUCCUUUUUGUUCAUGGAGAAAAAAAUGGAAUGGAAAAAUUGUCAAAACAUAUAUCUUCUCACUACUUAAUUAACUCCUUGUGUCCUUCCUUGGGGCAAAAUUGCGAGUUCAACUUUUCCAAGGGUAAUAUGAAAUAUGUAUAUGUGCAGGAUUCACUCUAUCGUGAUAUUCUUCGUAACAUAAAUGAACAGAAGGAGAAAAAGUCAUCCCAUGUGUCUUCCAACAAGAUAAGCGGCCUCUACCGCAGUGACGCUACUAAAUUGGCAUCGCGGGAUGGAAACUACAUCGUUUCUUUUUCAUCUUAUGUUGUGUACAUCACCAUUCGUGAGAAGCCCUACCUUUUGUUCCUCCCCAGACGGGAGCUCCUACGCGUAGUGCGGGCUAGGUGCAUCCCCGUCACGCUUAAGCGGGGCGACAAGUGCUUCACCUCGGACAGGCUCUUCGGUUUGGGAAACAUUCAGAAGAGAAACGCACAAAAUGGCAACACUGAAAAUGGCGCAAGUGUUCCCUUCGGUGAAGUUGGCUGUCCGGAAGAAAGCCUGAGCAAUGCACACGAGGAGGGAAUAUCCCCCCUUCGUCCUCGCCCUCAGCCGGGUAAAAGGAAGUACGACGAAAUGUCAAAAAUGGGGGACGCUACAGAGGAAGAAGCGGAAGGUCAGGAAGGAGAACAGCAUAGUUCCCCCCAACAUGUACGUAAAAAGCUCGCACAGGUGCCCACCGAGUGGGUCGACGCCGCAGAGGAAGGUGUGUGCGGGCCAGAGGUAGAAAGGCAAGGAUGUCCAGCAACUGGAGAAGGUCUUUUUCAGCAUGACGGGGAGGACGAGAGGCAGGAAGGGCAGCCGGUUAACCUCUCAAAAGGUGCAUCAAUUGCCGCUCCCACCGCGUGCGGAGACGCGCUUCAGCAAAGCACCGCCAGACGCACGCGCAACUACGUUAAGGAUGAAGACCAAGUAAGCAUGCCACUAAUUAACCUGCGCUUCAGGGAAAGCAUCACCAUAAGCUACAACAAAUUUUACAAUUUUGUAAUUUCCUUUUUCCAAGAAAUUGUGGACACGAAGAAUAGGAGCAGCAUCCGUUUUUUGGGCGAAGGGGUAAUUAUAAAAAAUGUGAAGGAAGGUGAUGGGUAUUUUUGCCUCCUGUCGUUUCUGUCUCUGCGGGCCAUUCACGAUGGAGGAAGUAACCUCCUCCUCCAGUGGUCCUACGUGGACGACGCACCCGAGUCGGCCAUCCAAAAGUUCAUAAGCGCGAUUAAGGAGUACGCCGCGGGGGGGCAAAUAGAAACGUCGUAA